UACCCAUCACAUACUGAAAAGAAAAUAUCUACGACAGUGCUACCGUUAUAGAAUACUGCCACUGGCUCUUUGACAAUCUAAAACGAUUUUUACUAUCGAAAUAGUUGAUAACAUAAAAUGGCAGAGGAUAAUACUUGGGUAUUCGAUUCGUUAGUUUGUUUUCUACAUGGUCCCAUAUGGAACGCACCGCUGCAAACAUUUGUGGAAGAGAAAUCAUUGAUUUUCGAUCCGAAUGAAAAAUCGGACAUCAUAAACCCGGAGUACGUGAAGGUGCAUGACGAAUAUAAGAAUUUGGUCGACUAUAUGUUGGGUACAUUUAUGGAAGAAAUGCAAAUUUCACCUGAACAAUUUGAAAUGGCUUGCCUGGAGGGUCGACAAAACACAGCGGCUGGAAGUGCAUUCUCAUUUCAUCAAGGCCUCUUUCAGCAGAUUUGGGCGGCGAAUGACAUCCGAAUAUUUAUCAGAAUGAUGACCCAGAGAAAUGUGGAAUUACAGUUACAGGCACUUGAUUUGAUCGAACGGCGACAUAAUUCGUCCAAUCAAAAAGACGAUGAUGCUCCCGACGAAAAGCUUGUUAGCGAUGUUACUCAGGAAGAAUUAGUACAAAUGACGGCUGAUGGAGAAGAUGACAAAAUUUUUGAAUCGGUUGAAAAGGAAUGGGAAGGCAGUACGGAUAAAUCAGAAACCGAGGAUGAAAUCAAUGACAAAUUCCAGCGGCUAAAUCUGUUUUUUGAAAAGGAAAACGUUAGCCAAGCCGAUGUGCAGUCCCGUCAAGAAUAUUUACGAGCUCAACGGGAUAAAAUUUUAAAAAUCAAAAGAAAAGCGCGAGCGUAUCAACUGAAUGAAACCGUUAAGAAAACUGGUCGACCGACGUCAGCUACACAGGCGGCGCAAAAUAUUUUAGAAAGUGGUACUGCUAGUGCACAGAGUUCACAAAAUGAUGCGUCGGUACAAUUACGGAAAACGUUGGCCAAACGUUUGAGAACUGAGGUGGUUGAAAUGAAAUGAAUGAACCACUUUGUCGGCGCAUUAGUGUAUGGACUCUUGAGUCCGGCACUCGUCGGUUUUUUAGAAAUCUGUUUUCGCUUAAUGUUAUUUAUUGCUUUUCGGUAACGCAAUGCGUUGUUUUUGGUCGUUUGUGAUUGUUCACAACGGACGUCAGUCAUUCUUUUGACUUCUCCCUCUUUAAGUUCACUUUUUUUUGCGUUAUCUUUCACCACUGCUUGUCUGAUAAUUUUGAACGCCUCCCCUUAAAACUGGACAUGUUUUAUGAACA